AUGAGCAUUUGCAGGCAGUUAGAACAUUUCAUAAUUCUCAACCUCGUUGCUCUGUUUCAUUCAUUCACGUAUGUGAUGCCGCUCCUAAGCCUAGCCCAUCUCAAUCAACACAAUGACGAUUCCGCUGUUCGUGUUAGGCUGCUUCGUCUAUGGCGGACAAUGAGGCCUGACGGGAUCACAAUUGAACAAUUUCAUAUGCUAUUUCUCGACAACCAGGGAACAGAGAUUGAAGGCUUGGUUGAUACGGAUGAGAUAUCAUUGUUUGAUCCCUUUCUACUAAAUGAGAGAAGGAUUUACAGGUUGACUAACUUUCAUGUCCGACCCUAUGAAGAUGACCAUCGAGUUUCUCCUGCCAACCUCCGAAUCUGUUUUCGUGAGGACAUUGUGGUUGAAGAGGUCCCUAAUGGACAAGACAUACCUGCCUACAAUUUCCAGUUUUUGGAUGCUGCUGAUCUUCCCAAUGCAGUUCACAAUCAUGCCUACAUGUCUGAUAUAAUUGGAGUGUUGGUUCUUGCGGACCCUGAAGAAGCCUUAUUUGAAGAUAUUGCUCUUUUGAGGCGAAAGAUGUUAUGGGAUGACUUAAUUGACCACUUUGAUGUUGUGAUGCCAAACCAUCCAACCCCAAGAGCUGUUGUGGUUUUUACUUCUGUUGUUGUGCACCAUUUCAAUGGCCAAGCUUAUUGUGUGGCCUCAAAUGCAACCAAGACUUAUUGGAACUUGCACUAUCCGAUUGCACACACUCUGCUUCAUAAUUUGGAAAAUGCCAAUCUGGCCAUUGAUUACACCUUUGAGGUUGCUAUAUGGGUGAGCACACCCUGCUCAAUCCCAGAACUGAACCUCUACAAGAAUGACAUCAAUAAUCAGGGUAGUCUCUACAUUUUUGUUGGACAAGUACAAGAUGUUGAUGUUUUCUGGUCAGCUGAGAAAUUGAAGUACUUAGUGUGUAUGAUUGUUGCUAAUGGAGUUGAUGAGGGUACGUUUAUCUUCACAACUGGGAAGUUCCGUUGGAUAGCAAGUCGCAUCAUUGAGGAGAGUGACAAUGAGUGGUCCAACAACUUUAGGAACCUCUUAGCUUAUCUAAGGGGCAAUUCCUUUAAGUUCAUGGUUGAAGUCGGUGACUUUAACCCGGUGACUAAUGAUUUCAAUUUAGUGUUCCGCAAGUUAUUCAGGUAG